CGUGGUCGAGCAGCAAGAUGGCGGACGCUCUGGAUGAAUUUGAGAAAGAAGCUGGAUGCGUCCCGAUCCUCCAUCCCGAGGAAAUUAAAACCCCGAGUCACUAUAGCCAUGGCUACAGCGAGAGCGUUAGCCGCAAGAGCCACGUGGACGACUACAGCACUUGGGACAUCGUCAAAGCCACCCAGUAUGGCAUAUUCGAGCGCUGCCGUGAGCUUGUGGAUGCCGGAUAUGACGUGCGCCAGCCGGAUAAAGAAAAUGUCACACUCCUGCAUUGGGCGGCAAUUAACAACCGCAUAGACUUGGUCAAGCAUUACAUAUCUAAAGGUGCCAUAGUUGACCAGCUGGGAGGAGAUCUCAACUCUACGCCACUACACUGGGCUACAAGACAGGGCCAUCUCUCCAUGGUGGUGCAGUUAAUGAAGUAUGGUGCUGAUCCGUCUCUCAUCGAUGGGGAGGGUUGCAGUUGUGUGCACCUGGCCGCUCAGUUUGGACACACCUCCAUUGUGGCUUACCUCAUUGCCAAGGGACAGGAUGUUGAUAUGAUGGAUCAGAAUGGCAUGACCCCUUUGAUGUGGGCGGCUUAUCGGACGCACAGUGUUGACCCAACACGGCUGUUGCUGACGUUUAACGUGUCGGUGAAUCUGGGUGAUAAAUAUCAUAAGAACACGGCGCUGCACUGGGCGGUUCUGGCCGGAAACACUACGGUCAUCAGUCUGCUGCUGGACGCCAAUGCUAACGUCGAUGCACAGAACAUCAAGGGGGAGACGCCGCUGGAUCUGGCCAAACAGAGGAAAAAUGUGUGGAUGAUAAAUCAUUUGCAGGAGGCCAGACAGGCCAAAGGUUACGACAGCCCCUCGUACCUGAAACGACUCAAAAUGGACAAGGAGUUCAGGCAGAAGGUGAUGUUGGGAACUCCGUUCAUGGUGAUUUGGUUGGUGGGAUUUAUCGCCGAUCUGGACAUUGACUCUUGGCUCAUCAAGGGUGUGAUGUAUGCGGCGGUGUGGCUCGUCGUGCAGUUCCUUUCCAAGUCUUUCUUUGAUCACUCCAUGCAUAGCGCUCUUCCUCUGGGCAUCUAUAUGGCCACUAAGUUCUGGAUGUACAUCACCUGGUUUUAUUGGUUCUGGAACGUUCUCCCGUUUGUCACCAUCCACCUGCCGUUCCUGCUCAAUAGCCUGGCUCUCUUCUACAACUUUGGCAAGUCCUGGAAGUCUGACCCCGGCAUCAUCAAAGCAUCCGAGGAGCAGAAGAAAAAGACUAUAGUUGAGUUGGCAGAGACAGGCUCUCUGGAUCUCAGCAUAUUCUGCAGCACCUGUUUGAUACGGAAGCCCAUCAGAUCGAAACACUGCGCCGUGUGCAAUCGAUGCAUCGCCAAAUUUGAUCACCACUGCCCUUGGGUAGGCAACUGCGUAGGAAGUGGAAACCACCGUUACUUUAUGGGCUACCUAUUCUUCUUGUUGUGUAUGAUCUGUUGGAUGAUAUAUGGAUGCAUUUGCUACUGGAGUGUUCAUUGUGCGACCAGCUACACUAAAGAUGGCUUUUGGAACUACAUAACGCAGAUCGCCACCUGCUCGCCGUGGAUGUUCUGGAUGUUUCUCAACAGUGUGUUUCACUUCAUGUGGGUCGCUGUGCUCAUCAUGUGCCAGCUCUAUCAGAUCGCUGUUCUGGGCAUCACUACAAACGAGCGAAUGAACGCAAGAAGAUAUAAGCACUUUAAAGUUACAGCCACGUCCAUCGAGAGCCCUUUCAAUCACGGCUGUAUGAGGAACCUCAUAGAUUUCUUUGAGCUGCGCUGCUGUGGUCUGCUGCGGCCCGUGGCCAUAGACUGGACCUCUCAGUACACAAUAGAGUACGACCAGACGUCCGGCUCAGGAUACCAGCUGGUGUAGGAGUGAGCGAGAGAGAGAAGAGGGGAGAGGCUGCUCACCGGGACCAUCCUUCACUGAGACUGCAAACCUCACCCAGUCAGGAUACGCAUGCUGUUAUUGGUUACCGUCACCAACUCCACCCGCCCCCCCUGCCAUAGACGGCACUUUGAGACGCAGGGCCGUGAGGAAGAGGAGGAGUUUAAUGGCUUCAGGGGUGUAUGCAGUACAACAAACUCUCCUCGAUUGGUCAGCAGAGACGUUUCUGGUUUCUUUCGCACAUCGACUUGCGUUUUAUUUGACUUUUGUUUUCUUCCAGUGACCCUUUUCUGUUGCUUUUAAAGUGAUAUCAGAUCUUUAUCGGUCGUAAGUCCUGGUUCAAUCUGGAAGUGUGUGUGGGAAUGAGAACUAGCUUAACAGCCGCUGUGCCGAAUCAUCCUGUGAAUUUUGUCGUCACUUUCUCUCUUUAAACACAAAGGGAGAUGUUUAGAAGAAUGUUCACGCUGUUCUUUUCCAUACAUUGAAAGUGAAAAGAGUUGUGUGAUGAUUUUUUAAAAUUUCUCCACUAAAAAUAUGCAUACCGGUUUGGAACGACACGGCGGUUGGUAUAUUAUGACAGAACUUUUCCUUUUUAGGUGAAAGAUUCCUUUAAGCUGCCUUGAUUUGUCUGAUCAUGAUUCUGUAUGAAUGCUCUGAUAUUAAUCAUAUAGACUGAAAACAUUCAUAAGACUAGAGAGAGCCCCUCGUUAAAUAAUGUGACUUACAACAUAUUUAUUUUAACCUAUUUAUAUAGUAUUUUUCAAGUCUUUUCAGUUUUUACAUUCAUCAUAUAUGUACAUUUCCAGCAUGUUUAAUAGUUUAGACGGGAGAAUCCUGUGAAACGUGUCCAGAACAUGAACCUGGGUUAUAUUUCACCCUAAAAUUGUAUUUUGCUUGUCCUGUUUAAUAGUUUUCCCCCUUUAUUAUCAUUACCGUAAUGCACAAAAACCUCUUCAUAACUGUAAUCAUUUAAAUAGCAAAGUAUUUUUAUUGAACUGCCUUUAAAUCAUGCUAAUUAUUUUUUUUAAAUAAUUGUAUUACAUUGUUUGCUGUAAAAAAAAAAAUGAAAUACUGUAUUACAAUGAGAAUUCGAACAAAAAAUUGCCUGGAUGCGUUACGGUAAUGAGCGCUACAGGAGAAAUGUGCUUAAUUUCCAUCAAAAUAAUGUCACGAUGUAGAACAGUCUUCAGUUUCAUGAAAAUAAACUUGAUUUUGGGUUGAAACGUGACCUGGACACGUUCUCGACGGGUUUAUGGGAUUCACCCAGAUGCCCUCCGAAUUUACAAGAAAUAAUACGCUCGUAUGUGAACCUCUAUUUAUUAUGUAUGUGUAGUUUUAGGAAGUGUACACAUUUAAAGUUAAAAAUGCUGUUGAAAAGCCAUUAAGUGCACCUGAUAGCUGUACGAUCUUAAUGGAAGUUGCGUUUAUCACGCCAGAUGGGCUUCUUCCAUUCGUUUUCAUUUUUUUUUUUUUUUGUGGCGGCGAUGACGUUUGUCUGCCUAAAAACAAUGCACUGAUCUUUUUGUUGUUGUUAAUGUUCAUUGUUACUGAAGAAACAAGCUCGCUUUCCCACCGUCGCAGAGGGAUCUUCACGUUUACCUAAAGAGGAAGCUCCUCCCCUUUUGCUCUCCUCCAUUUCCUCUUCCUGUUGUCAUUGCAACAGCUGACAGGACGAACUGAUGUAAAGAAUGUGCAUCUGUACAUAAAUGAACUAGAUUCAUUAUUCUGUGAUUGACUUUUGUUUUUUUUAUUUUGUCUGUGUUAGUUAAAGCUGCUCCUAAUUUUUUUAUCUUACCAAAAAGCCAGAAAAAAAAAAUGGACUAUUAUCCAAGUGUAUGACUGUAGCUUUUAGUGGCGUCUGGCACUGCUGUGUAUAGACCUUUGACCUUGCAAGUCUCCACUGCAUGUGAUCACCCUGCCAUCCCAGAGACGCUCCCAUCUGUAAAUAGUGAAUGUUCAGUAUUUGCAGCUGGGUUUUUUUAUUUUAUUUUUUAUCCUUUCGUUUGUACAUUUUAAACCCAAUGUGUGUAUCGUUAUUGCGUGUCCCUGAGGCCGCUCGGCAUAUGUAUUAUAUCUGAAUGUCCCAUUCUCGUUGAUUAAUAUCCAACUUAAAGGGUUUCUUUUGUAUGUUUCAUUGCUGGGUUUGAUGUACCACUGGAUGUACAAAUUGUAAAUGCCAGAGAAGUAGACGUAAGAAACGCUCUAACUCAAGAGGGCACAUUGUUAUGACAUCAUCACUCAUGGACGCAUUCGAUGGGCCCCCGAUACUGAAAUAUUUCGGAUUAGGCACGGUUACAAGUCAUUCAUACAUGUGACACUGUUUUGGGGAAGAUACUCACAUAUUGCUGUCCGGCUGUUUUCCCACCAUGUGAAAAGCACAUGCUCAUCUCCAGUGCCUCAGCUGAGAUCAGGACGUCACCCUACUCUGCUUCAGAUGUAACUUAUUGGGCAUGGUUCAAUUUUAAUGGCUUUAUUAAUAAAACAUUCAAAGGUGAAAGGCCUGUGCGGUAGUUUUCAAUCAAAGCGCACUGAAAACAAGUGUUUAUUUCACAUUGAACAUGUUUAUGCUUGUAAAAUUUACUAGUCUAUGAACUAUUAAUACCCAGUAAAGGGUGGGAAAAAAAUAGUUUGCAUAAAGGAAAUGGACAUUACCAACUUUUAAUUGCUGUAAUACAGAUUUUUUUUUUGCAUCACAGAAAAAACAUUCUGUUUAAAUUGA